UCUCUCUUUCAAUCACAGAAACGAAGAAGAGAGAGAGAGAGAGACUGACCUCCUCCCCUGCCUCCGAUGGCGGACUCGGCACCUCGCCGCUCCAUCUCGCUCGAGGAGCUGGCCGCCCACAACAAGCCCGGCGACCUCUGGAUCUCCAUCCAGGGCAAGAUCUACGACGUCUCCGAGUGGAUCAACGACCACCCCGGCGGCGACCUCCCGCUCCGCGACCUCGCCGGCCAGGACGCCACCGACGCGUUCGUCGCCUUCCACCCGGCCGCCGCGUGGCAGCACCUCGACAGGUUCUUCAACGGGUGCUACCUGCGGGACUACUCCGUUUCCGAGGUGUCCAAGGACUACCGCAGGCUGGUGUCCGAGUUCGUGAAGAUGGGGCUGUACGACAAGAAGGGCCACGUCACGCUCGUGUCGAUGUGGUUCAUCGCGCUGCUGUUCGGCGCUAGCGUUCUGGGCGUGCUGCGGUCCGAGAGCAUGUGGGUCCAUCUGCUCUGCGGUGGGAUGAUGGGGUUCCUGUGGAUUCAGAGCGGGUGGAUGGGGCACGAUUCGGGCCACUACCAGAUCAUGUCCGCGCCCGGUCUCAACCGGUUCGCGCAGGUCCUCACCGGGAACUGCCUCGCCGGGAUCAGCAUCGCCUGGUGGAAGCGGAACCACAACGCCCACCACAUUGCCUGCAACAGCCUCGACUUCGAUCCGGAUCUCCAGCACAUGCCCUUCUUCGUGGUGUCCUCCAAGUUCUUCGGCUCCCUCACCUCGUACUACUACGAGAGGAAGAUGAACUUCGAUGCCGUCUGCAGGUUCUUGGUCAGUCACCAGCACUGGACGUUCUACCCCGUCAUGUGCUUCGCGCGGAUCAAUCUGUUCGCCCAGUCCUUCGCAUUGCUGCUGUCCAAGCAGAAGGUGCCCAGCAGGGGUCAGGAGAUGUUGGGGCUCCUCGCGUAUUGGGUUUGGUACCCGCUCCUCGUUUCGUGCCUCCCGAAUUGGGGGGAGAGGAUAAUGUUCGUCAUGGCGAGCUUUGCCGUCACCGGAAUCCAGCACGUUCAGUUCUGCUUGAAUCACUUCGCGUCGAGCGUGUACGUCGGUCCGCCCAGCGGGAACGACUGGUUCGAGAAGCAGACUGCCGGGACUCUCAACAUCCAGUGUUCGCCGUGGAUGGAUUGGUUUCACGGCGGAUUGCAGUUCCAGAUCGAGCACCAUCUGUUUCCUCGAUUGCCCCGGUGCCAUCUCAGGAAGAUUUCCCCUUUCGUGGAGGAACUCUGCAAGAAGCACAGUUUGCCUUACAAUAGCGCGUCUUUCUGGAAGGCGAAUGCCAUGACUAUCGGGACGCUUAGGGCGGCUGCGUUGCAGGCUAGAGAUCUCGCUAGUCCCGUCCCAAAGAACUUGGUGUGGGAAGCUGUCAAUACCUUCGGAUGAAUUCAAUUGACUAGUUUAAAUUUGGCUGAAGUGCCGCCAUCUAUGCCUGCUGAUCAGCUGAUGAUUUUGAUAGGAUCAUUUACUGAUGUUUGAUCAUUCAUGGUUGCAAAAUAAUCCAUAUCUCUCGUUGAUUGGAGUGUUUAGUUUGUUGUUUUCGAUCUGCAAGUUUGUGUGGUCGACUCAUCUUGUUUCUGAUGGGUGUUUAAACAUCGAUGAAGAUGAUCUUCAGGCUGGCAAAAUUCUUUCUCCUCAUUCGGUUUCCAGCAUCUGUUGCUGAUGAGAAAUUUGUGCAGUGCUAAGCUUCAUUAGUUUUGUAUCUGUUUGGUUCAUAGAGCUGAUGCACAUUCAUGUGGCUUUUAUCUGGAUAUUCGCUGUUUUGGAGAUUGAUGCAUUGAAGCAUUCGAAACAAUGUGUUUUCUUACUUCUUUUAUGAAGAGAAUUUCAUUCACCUGUC